AUGCCUUCCCUUCCUCUGCUCCUCCUCCUCCUCCUCUUCACCCCUCCGUCCAGAGGCUGCCACACGGGCACCUUCACCGAGUGCCAUGCGGCUCAGUUCGUCCCCGGGCACAACCUGGUGGGCGAGGGCUUCGACAUCGUCAAGAUGCAGACGUCCGGCGCCUACGUGGUGGACGUCAGGAACUUCAUGGACGGCAGCGGACACAAUGCCAACUGCACGCUGUGCCACAACAGACUGAUGAACCAGACACAGAAGCUGCCCUUGUCGGUGGUGGACUGGCGCAUCAAGGUGCUGUGCCGUCGCAGCCUGAGCAGCAAGAUGUUCGAGUCGAGCAUGUCCGUCGUGAAGGAGAGCAGCACGUCCACCAGUGUGAGCUGGAAGGUCGGUCUGGGACUUCCAAAGGUGGGAGGAGUGGCAGUUGGAGGAACACACUCCAAGUCGUCCUCGUUCGCCCAGAGUCACUCCCGCAAGGACAAGUACUCCUUCACAUCCCACGAGUUCAAAUGCAAGUAUUACACCUUUCGUCUCCACAGCACCCCUCCUCUGGGCAAAGAGUUUCAAGAAGCUCUGAAGAACCUUCCCACCACCAUCGAACCGAAGAGCCACAAAGCUUACGACCACUUCCUCUCCAUCUUCGGCACCCAUUACAUCCGCAGGGUGGACCUGGGGGGGCGCGUGCACUCCACCACGGCCGUGCGCACCUGCCAGGCCUCCAUGAACGGCCUCUCCACCCACUCUGUCAGCAACUGCCUGGGCGUCGAGGCCAGCGCCGUUAUCAAGGGCAUCGAAAUCAAAGCAUCGACCGAAUACUGCAAAACCCAGAGCAAGAAGCUCAAGACAGGCCUGAGCUUCUCGGGGACUUUCUCCGACCGCGUCACCGAGGUCCAAGGCGGCAACGGAGAAGUUGCGGACCUCCUGUUCCAACCCGGUAAACAGUCCAACUACAAGAAGUGGCUCGCAUCUCUGAAGACACUUCCCGGAAUGGUCUCCUACCAGCUGAGCUCUCUGCACACGCUGGUGAGGAACAACCCCAUCCUGGAGUCGAACCUGCGCACUGCCAUCAGAGACUACAUCAUGCGCAACGCCAUUUCCACCGCCUGUCCGUCCGGGUGCAGCAUGGGCCGGCGGAACAAAAACUGUGCGUGUUCGUGCAGCGGGCACAGUCGGGUGAACUCCAACUGCUGCCCCACCAAGCCGGGCAUAGGGAGGAUGAACGUGACGGUUGUCCGGGCGACGGGGCUCUGGGGGGACUACAUUUCCAAAACGGAUGGUUACGUGAAGGUGUUCUACGGCAAUCAAGGAGACACCACUCCAGUGAUAUGGAACAAUGACUUCCCUGCGUGGAAUUUCAAGAUACACUUUGGGACGGUGGAGUUGGGGAGCAGAACACCUGUGAAGUUUGAGGUGUGGGACCGCGACAGCGUUUGGAACGACGACCACCUGGGCACUGCGUUGAUCAUCCCCACUCAGGGCGUGAACGUCAGCAAGAUGUUCAAGCUGAAACACGGCUCUCUGUACGUGACGAUGUCUGUGGUCUGCGGGCCCAGCCUGAAGGGCUCUCUGUGCAUUGACUACUCCCCCUCCCCUAGUUCCCUGGAUGGGCUGCCUGACGCCGGGGACCCUGGUGGGGACGUGGGGACCUCCUUCCAGCAGGGCCCUGCUGCCCGCAACUCCACCUUCCUGUGAAGAGGAGCUCUGUGGGCAGCAGGGACGGGGGAUUACAGGGUGAACGGCCCUGUAGUUUAUUUGAAGCGUUGUUAGCUUGGUAGUAUGAAACCCUCACUCGGGCUAGAGAAGGGGAUGUUGUUUUUGCUUCACACCAGCUUGAUGAAGAACGGUAACGUGGUUUUUGCUGAUGUUCUGCAGAUGGUGAGGACUGUGGUCAUGUCCUUAGACAUGCACAGAAUACGACCACAACUCUCAACGGACAGAGUGGGUGGCCUCUGCCUACAGAGAAAGAAAAAAGCAGCUACAAAUAAAACGUUUUGCGUGCAACUAUUUCUGAUUGGUGAAGUUUAG